AUGCCCUCUUUCCGAGAGCGAGCGCGCGUACACUCCCUCUCUUCUACAGUCCUGACCUGUCAUUGUGUUUUUUUUUUUACUCCCUUCCCUUCUCUUUUCCUCCCCGAACCGGGCCCCCUCUUUUUCUCUGUCCGAUUUCAUUUUCUGUUUUUUAAACCCUCCCCUUUCUCGCUUUUCGCUUCUAUCUCCCAUGUCCACCAUUUCCCAUACCCCCCUCUUCCUUACUUGAAGACGCUUCCCUUACUUCCACCUCCUUCCUCUCACGUUUUUCUUCCUACUACAUUUUAUUUUUCAUUCUAUAUAAUUUUUUCUCCUUCCUUGAUUUCUCCUUCUGACCACCUCCACAAUAACCGCUCUUCUCCUCCCGCCACUUUUAAGUCUGUGUGCUACUUACAGCACCUCUACCACCACCACAUACCCCUCCCUAUUUCAUCCCUUGCGACCAAUUUCUUCUUUUUCACCAUCUAUCCUGCUUUCUUCUUUUCUUCGUCGUUCUCCUCCGCAUCAGUUAUUCACCUCCUUUGCUUUCUUCCUCUUUCUUCUUCUUCUUCUUCUUCUUCUUCUUCUUCUUCUUCUUCUUCUUCUUCUUCACUUACUUCUUAUUAUUCCUCAAGCUUUUCUUCUUCUACCUCAAUCUUUACUUCUUCUUCCUCUUCUCCUUCUUCUUUUCCUUCUCCUAAUUCUUCUUCUUUUUCUUCUUCUUUUUCUUCUUUUUCCUCUUCUUCUUCUUCUUAUUACUAUUAA